CAAAUAGAAAAAUAAAGUAAAGAUGGCGUCUGAGAAUGAAAUAGCUAUUGUGGGUAUAGGAUGCAACUUUCCUGGAGGUGAAGGAAUUGACAGUUUCUGGAAAGUGUUAGAGAAUGGCAGAAACUGCACUACGGAAAUACCUCCAGAAAGAUUUAACAUUAGAGAGUGGUAUGAUCCAGGUGACGACAAACCAGGUAAAAUACGUACAACUCGUGCUGCUCUUCUUGAUGAAUUGAAUGCAUUCGAUAACAAGCUGUUUGGCAUCAGCAAUGAGGAAGCUGAGCGUAUGGAUCCUCAGCAAAAGUUACUCAUGGAAUGUACCUACAGAGCGCUGGAAGAUGCAGGAGUCACUCAUGAAAACAUUAGUGGUACCAAAACAGGGGUUUUUGUUGGCCUGAUGAAUCGAGACUAUGAAUCUAUAACCAGCAGGGCAUUUGUUGAAAUAAACCAUUACGAUGCCACAGGGGCAGCAAUGAGUACAGCAGCUCAUCGGAUUUCAUACAGUUUUAAUUUGAUUGGACCAUCAAUUGCCAUUGAUACAGCUUGUUCAUCUUUUCUCUCUGCUUUGGACCUUGGCUACAAAGCCAUUAAACAAGGAGACUGUGAAUCUGCUAUCUGCGGAGGAGUAAAUUGCAUCAUAGAGCCUUGGAAGUUUGUAUCUCUGAGUAAAGCAAAUAUUUUAUCAUCUGACGGAAUUAGUAAACCCUUCUCUAAACAUGCAGGUGGCUAUGGAAGAGGAGAAGGAUGUGGCGUUCUUUUAUUAAAGCCACUGGUAAAGGUAGGGUGUUUAUACUGAACUCUCAAUUUCCCAAAUGUCCCGGGGAUGAUCAUUGUGUCUAGUGUGCUUUGGAAAGGAGAACACCA